UCUUUCAUGAUGCAGAAAAAGACAACGAUGCAAUCGCUACUGAAAUACAAAAACAGGAAGAUUAUGAAGCCGAGGUAGUUGUAUAUCGAGCACUUGAAAAAUUAAAGGAGCCCCUUAUGGUAUUUCAUAGUUUUGAAUACAGCCACGACCAGUUUACAAUCUGGGACUCAAAUCAUGAUAGAAAAACCUGCAGACGCUCUAAGAUAAAGCCUAACUGUAAAAACGCGCACGCAGAUGAAGGCGAGCAUGAUUUUGUUGCAUUCGGACCUGAUUACAUAGUAAUGAUAGAAGUCAAGAAUCCAUCACUAGCUCAGACUAAGCCAGACAACAAAACGAAUGACAGCAAUGAGGAAAGUGCUGACGUUAGUCCUAAUAAACUGAGGAGCGAAGCCAAUUAUCCAUUAAUACCUCAAGCCACAACGAGUAAGCUAAAUGGCAACAAAGAGGAAAGCACUGAAGUCGCUCUUAAUGAUUCAAGAAACGAAGUCAAAGAUUCAUCGCUAUCUCGAUCAUCAGCAAACAAUUCGAAAAAAAUACAUCCAAUUCUGGGUGCUAUUGAGAAAGCUACUACACAAUUUGAGAAAGGAAUGAAACUCCUUGAGAAAAUUUUAGAUUCCACUCAAACAGAAAAUGGAAAUUGUUCGGAAAUCCGCGUUUUCCGUUUUGUUGCCUUCCCAAAUGUACGAAAAAACCAACCCAACAUUGACAAACAAAACCUCCCCCUAAACAUUCAUGCCAUCUACAAAGAUGAUUUCAAAGAAUUCCACACAAUUUGGGCGAAUAUAAAAAACGAAGGAUCAAGUGUUAUUGGAAACAAAACGCUCUCAGGUGACAUAACAAAAUUACAGAGCGCAAUUUUGCGAUUAUUUGCCUCGCAUAAGGGACAAGUCAACGAAAGGCUUCUUAGUUUGAAAGAAUGUGUCGUCGAGAUUGAUCGUAAAUUAAGAACUUCAGAAAUCACAUUCAGAGGAAAAAAUAGUCCUCCAAACCCAUCAGUGAUCAAAACAAGUGAAUUCAAAGAUCCGCCAUUUGUGGUGAAAAAUAUCAACAUUUUCGAAACCUGCCUAAAACUGAACUACAUAACAAAUGAGCAAAGAAUUGCAUUUGAAGAUAUAAACUACCCUAUUUUAAUCACUGGGGCUGCUGGGUCCGGAAAGACGAUUGUUCUCCUAGCUAAAGCUGUUCACACAGUUUUGACUCAACCCGGCACUAAAGUUUUUAUUUUAUUUCAAAGUGACUUUAAACUAGCUAGCUAUUCAGAAAUUGUUGAACGAGCUGGUAUCAAAGUUUACGAAUAUGGUUUUCAACAGGAAAACUUGAAAAAGUUUGAUGACAACUUCCUCACAGAGCAUAACAUCAUCAUCUGCCAUGGAUAUCCAUCAAAUUAUCGUGAUUUUAAUUCAAAGGCAAAAUCUGAAUCCCCUGAACUGAAGCUGCUUUUGUUCGCAGACGAUUCUCAAGAUGAUGAUUUCUAUUGGCAACCAGAUGGCUGGUUGCCAGCUGGCUGGCAACCAAAUGGCUGGAGUUGCUUGGUAGCGGAUUUUACCCAAGAAAGCCAAUUGUAUCGUUCAGAUUUACAACAAUGGCUUGCCACAGUGGAAAAGGAAAGAAACUUCAAAACUCAUUGGCUAGGAAGGAGCUAUAGGAACACACACAACAUAGUUUCACAGCUCAUUCAGCUCGGUGAGAAAAAUGCGAAGUAUAAACGGUCUAAUGGGAUAGAAAGAGAUGGACUGAUACCACAACUCUCACUCAUCCCAAAACAUGGACACUUCAUUCAUGGACCUCAAAUCACUGUAAAGAUAUACCGGUUACCAGAAGAAGUAACACAAAACUACUAUCACUGUUUCGUGGACAAGCUCAUAAACAAGGAAAAUGAUCAGUAUUCCGAAUUUUGCCUGGAUUCCCAAAUCAGCUGCGCCUUUUUAUUGAAAAACAGUUUGGGGUCUCAUUUCAAAAAGAGUGAACCAUCAUUUAUCUUCUGCAAGAAGUUAGAACAAAAGUAUCCACGCCUCCUUUUUUCCUUCUGCCAAAGUUACCCUAUGUGUUUAGUUAUUGGGUCUACCGAGUUUACCGUUUGUCACAUUAUCUUGAUUCUAUUCGAUCGGAAAGAGCAUGAUCUACAAUAUCUUUACAAUGCGAUAUCAAGAGUCCGAGUACUGUGCCGUGUUCACGUAAUAGUCAAUAACAGAAAUCAUAGAAGGCGCUUUAAGAAAAAGUUGAAUUUUUUAUUGCGAUUUUUUCGAGAUGCAAGAAUUGAAGACGAAAAUGAAAAUGUAGCCGAGCUAUCGAAUUUGAUGUGCAGGACAAGAUAUGAAGAACCGUUUUAUUGUGAUUGCUUGUCGUCAUAUCCAUCGUCUUCAUCAGCGUCGUCGUCAUCAGCUAUCAGAUUCGAAACAAUGCUACAAGCAGAGCAGUGGAAGACGACUGCAGAUACAAUGCUGAGAGGAUCGAGUGGAGAGAGCUUAGAAUAUACAGCUUUUGAGAUCCGCAAUGCAGUAUAUGGUAUGUACCCUACGACGAGCAUUGAAAUAGUCACUGUCUAUGCUAGAGGUAGUGACUAUAGUUUCAAGUGUAAAGAUGGAGUUGGUGAGACAGCAGAGUGGAUAGACAAGACAGACUGUCCCUACAACAUGCACAUCUACCUUGUCUAUCCUCCACACCAUAACUGCAGAAGAGCUGUAACUCAGGAAGACAUGGAGAAGGCAGAUAGUGUGGCGGAGAGUGUGUUGUCUCAUAUGGACAGAAGAGAGGGUAUGACCUCACAGGAGAUAAGAGAUGAGGUCAUUAUUCGACUGAAGAAAAGUGGGUCAAAGUGGAUGUGGAUAGGAGUCGGUAGAGGAGAGGGAUAUUUUGAGGCCUGUGUUAUCGACUUUCGUCAGGUUAAAAAAAAUGGCUCUUACUACACUAUUUCGGCCUUCCUGGGAGACUAAACUGCACCAAAUAGCUUAAACCUCUAACUUAUUUGUAUAUUUUUCAUCAUAUUUCACUCAACAAAACUAUAAACCCAGUGCAAAUGAUUUUUUUUAAAUUUUCCGCUUAACUGUCAAGAACAAUACAA